UCAUUUAAUAAAAUUUCCAAAAUUUACCUCCAUAAGAAAAAAAGCAUAAAUACUUUGAUCAAAAGAGAAAAAAAAGUUGCUUUCUUUUCUUAAAAAAUGGAGUCAAAUACAUGGAGCUUUCGAUUUUCCAAUUCUUCUUCUUCCUCUUCGUCAAGGCGUCAUCAAUCUCGAUCUGAUCUGUUUCUCGGAGGAGGAUAUGAAGAAGUUGAUGCAGAAGAGGAUUUCAAGGCGGAGUUUUUAUGUCCGUUUUGCGCUGAGGAUUUCGACAUUGUUGGACUUUGUUGUCACAUCGAUGAGGAACAUCCUGUUGAAGCCAAAAACGGGGUGUGCCCGAUUUGUGCAAAGAGGGUUGGAAUGAAUAUUGUCAGCCACAUUACCAUGCAACAUGGGAAUUUCCUUAAGGUGCAGCGGAAGCGGAGGUUACGCAAGGGUGGAUCCAAUUUGACAUUUUCUAUGUUGAGAAAAGAACUGCGAGAAGGAAAUUUGCAGGCCUUUCUUGGGGGAUCUUCAUGCAUUAUUUCUUCCUCCAAUGCAGAACCCGAUCCAUUAUUGUCAUCAUUUAUGUUUAAUCCACCAACAGGUGACGAGCCUUUAAGCUUGCAGGCUCUUUCUAUUUCUGAAGCAAGUGCAGUAAAGGAAAGCACAAAUAAAGAAUUUCUAGAAAGAAAGCCUCAACAGUCGCAACUCUCGGACAAGGACCACGAGGAGAAGUCUCAAAGGUGUGAGUUCGUCCAAGGAUUGUUGAUGUCCGCUAUUCUUGAUGACAACUUGUAAGUCAAUGGGGGUAUUUGUAGUGGUUACUCCAAUAAUAAUAUUAGGUCUCAGAGUAAAGCAUAAAGAGGAAGAUCUUUGACUCUACCUUAGAAAUGGUAAUCGUUUAGAUCGGCAGAACUUUGUAUUCCUAUUGUAUUUAGAGCUUUUGUGCAUAAUGGAAAGAUGGAAGAACUUUAUCCUAUAUC